CGUGCCUUGAUUUACAGUCGACGCACUCGACGCGAUCCUCGCGCGCUUCGGACGUACGUCUCCUCCAGUUACAUCCGGAAAUCGGACGACGCUCUCUCCGACGACGACGGUUUAUUCAAUAUCCGCGGUCCUGCCGCGGGCUCUUGCCCCUAAACGGAUAUGACGCGUGUGCGAGUGGUUUCAACCUCGGCUACGCUUAGACCGCGACUAAAGUGACCAGUUUUUGUACGGUUUACAUCGUAUAGCUUUCUUUUCUUUUUUUUUUGCGUUUAGAAAGUUUCUUUUGUGUGUGAACUUCGUGUGAGCUUGUCGGAAUGAAUAUUCGUCGAGACACAUACUCGCUGUAAUUGAAGCGAUCAGACGUAUCCGCUUAAUCAUUGUGAUGAGUUCGGAAAAAAAUAAUAGACAUAUCUUAGAAGAGAAACUUUUCCAAUGGAUACACCUGAGAAAUAUCGACUUUCGAUCACACUCACACGCAUUCACGCGUUUGUUCUCGCGCUUGUAAAGGUCCGUCGAAGGAUACGAAAAGUGCAGCGUGACAUUUUCGGAGUGUAUGACUCGCGGGAUCGCGCGCGGCAUUGCUUGACGGGGGGAAAGAGUGCUGCUCGCGAAUUCUUUUUCGUACGGCGGAGAGCAAAGGGAAUGGAUUCGAUACGGGACCUGAAGCGAUUGCUGUACGAGCGUACGGAGGCGUUGCGACGUCGCGACGAGAUCGUCGAGGUGCUCGAAAAGGCGCUCGAGGAGCGCGACGCCACGAUCCGUUACCUCCAGAAUGAGAUCGAUAAGUUCCGGCAGAUCGUCGAUCUGAACCUGGCGUCCAACGCCAUCGAUUCCAAUCAGAGACUGAAGCGGCAAGCCAUAUCGGCGGAACCUCUCAGAGGCGACACGAAACCGGUGGUGAAGUUCACCAAGCCGCAAAGAUCUCGCGAGCUGAUCAAGACUGCCAUACUGGACAACGACUUCAUGAAAAAUUUGGAACUCACGCAGAUCCGGGAGAUUGUCGAUUGCAUGUAUCCUGUUACAUUUCCAGCUGGUUCGAUAAUUAUACAAGAGGGAGAUGUUGGCUCUACUGUCUUCGUCAUGGAGGAGGGUAAGGUCGAGGUCUCGAGGGACGGCAAAUAUCUCAGCACUUUGCAACACGGUAAAGUGCUGGGUGAGCUCGCGAUUCUUUACAAUUGCAAGAGGACAGCGACGAUCACUGCUGCGACUGAUUGCCAAUUAUGGGCCAUCGACCGACAAUGCUUCCAAACCAUUAUGAUGAGGACCGGCCUCUCGAGGCAGGCCGAAUACACGGACUUUUUAAAGAGCGUGCCAAUCUUCAAAAAUCUGCCCGAGGAAACACUAAUCAAAAUUUCGGACGUAUUAGAAGAGACGUUUUACAACAACGGGGAUUAUAUAAUCAGACAAGGGGCGAGGGGUGACACAUUCUUCAUCAUCAGUAGGGGACAGGUGCGCGUGACAAUAAAACAGCCCGAUACAACGGAAGAGAAGUAUAUUAGAACCUUGGGAAAGGGCGACUUCUUCGGCGAGAAAGCUUUACAAGGAGAUGAUCUCAGAACUGCUAAUAUUAUCGCUGACGAUCCAGAAGGAGUGAGCUGUUUGGUAAUAGACCGCGAAACGUUUAAUCAAUUAAUUUCAUCCUUGGACGAAAUCCGAACGCGAUACAGGGACGAGUUGGUAGAACGUAGGAGACUGAAUGAAGAAUUUCGGGAUGUACGAUUGCAAGACCUUCGGACUAUUGCGACUCUCGGCGUGGGUGGUUUCGGAAGAGUUGAAUUAGUUCAAAUUGCCGGAGACAGCACACGAUCCUUCGCUCUGAAGCAAAUGAAAAAGGCGCAGAUCGUCGAGACACGACAGCAGCAGCACAUUAUGUCGGAAAAGAGGAUCAUGAGCGAAGCGGAUUGCGAUUUUGUAGUCAAGCUUUUCAAAACCUUCAAAGAUAGGAAAUACCUCUAUAUGCUGAUGGAGUCCUGCUUGGGUGGCGAAUUAUGGACUGUUCUCAGGGACAAGGGAUACUUUGACGAUAGCACUACACGUUUUUAUACUGCAUGCGUUGUGGAAGCAUUCGAUUAUCUGCACUCCAGGAAUAUCAUCUAUAGAGAUCUUAAACCGGAAAACUUACUUUUGGAUAAUCAAGGAUAUGUUAAACUAGUGGAUUUUGGCUUUGCGAAACGAUUGGAUAACGGAAGGAAGACGUGGACUUUUUGUGGUACACCGGAGUAUGUGGCACCGGAAGUCAUUUUAAAUAAAGGUCAUGACAUAAGCGCCGAUUACUGGUCCCUUGGUGUUCUCAUGUUCGAGUUGCUUACGGGUACGCCUCCUUUUACCGGCGCUGAUCCGAUGAAAACGUACAACAUUAUCUUGAAAGGAAUCGACGCUAUAGAAUUUCCCAGAUCCAUCACGCGUAACGCGAUGGCACUCAUCAAGAAACUUUGCAGGGAUAAUCCAGUAGAACGUCUGGGAUAUCAAAGAGGUGGCAUCAGUGAAAUACAGAAGCACAAAUGGUUCGAUGGCUUUAAUUGGGAAGGUCUAAAAACGAGAACUCUGGAGCCCCCGAUACUACCACGAGUACAAAGCGCUACAGAUACUACGAAUUUCGACGCUUAUCCAGCUGAUACCGAUCCGCCGCCACCCGACGAUAUCUCCGGUUGGGAUAACGAUUUUUAACGCAAAAAAAGUAUAAAGGACUUCUAUUUAAUAUUCGUGUUUUUAACUACCUAGCAGGAAAUUUUAAUAGGACAUAAUCGAUCUCGAGAAUACGAGAUAAAUUGGCGACACCUGCAUUUAUUUAUAUUUCUCUCACAUACGUGAUAUACAGAUUGCACUCGCAUUUUAUCAUAUUCUUACAUUUUUUGUCAUAUCUCGCAAUAUAAUAAUGAUUCGAACGAAAAGAAAACUGUACUGUGAUAAAAUUUACAGUUUUUAUGAAUUUCGGACAAUGUCGUCAAAAAUUUAAAGAGAAAGUUUUAGAGUUGCUAAUUUUAUAUUUAUAUCGCGUCUGGCGGGUUCUAGAAGCAGUGUUAUACAUUAUAAUAGGAUACGUAUGCAAGUGUCAAGUGCCAUUAUUUACCUCAAAGAGGUAAAACUCAUACAUGUCAUACUUGUGCUCAGAAAUGCGAUCACGCGCAAGAAACAGUCAGCUCAAGUCCAAGGGACCUCUUGCCAUCCAUUUAACUUGUCAGAAUGUGCAUAUAGCUCGAUCAAUCCGCUGUUAAAUUUUUUAUGGCAAGUUCAUUGUUGUUUGAUUUACUUUAUAGUUUAUUGUAAUAAUUAUAUAUUUUAAUUAAUUAUACAUAACGUGACUCUUGUAAAUAAUGAAUUAUAAAUAACGUUUAAAUUUAAAAUGUGGAAUGUAUAUCAUGCAAUAUGCAUAAAUAAAGUUUUAUUAAUAACAGCUGUAGGUGUGGCUGCAAGAACCAACCAAACUCGUUUUCUUCAGCUUGUAUUUGUAUCAUUUAAUGACUUUUCCAAUGAUAAAAGAAGGAACAGAAAUUGUAUAAUUAUAUUAUGAUUAUUCUUGCGAAAAGCAUCACUUUCAUGUUGAACAUUAUAUAGCAAAGCGUUUGAGAAUUAGAUUUUUUACACAAUUGAUUUUCUUCUAAUGUUUGACUUGGCUGGUUCUUAGUCAGAUCUUCAAUUGCAUCGUAUAUAUAUACUAAACGCGUUUGUUGAUUUUUCUUUAUAUAUAAAAUUCUUGUAUCCCGAAAGAUGGCGAAUGAAAGGUGAAAAUACUAUUAUGAUGACAUUUCAAUACUUUAAUAAAAUUACAAUAAUUUAAUAUUA